CCCUUCCCCCCGCCUCCUGCCUUGUGACACAUCCUGGGCCCUCCCGGAGGCCGCAGCAGCCGCGCGGCAGCAGGGCUGGCCACCGCCUCCUCCUAAGCCGCAACCCUGCUCAACCUGCGGCCCGCCCCGCCGCUGCUGCAGUCAUGGCUGCUGACGGCGUGGAUGAACGGUCGCCUCUGCUGUCAGCAUCCCACUCGGGAAAUGUCACUCCCACAGCUCCACCGUACUUGCAAGAAAGCAGCCCAAGAGCUGAACUCCCGCCUCCGUAUACAGCCAUCGCUAGUCCAGGAGCCAGUGGUGUUCCUGUGAUCAACUGUCGCGUGUGCCAAUCUCUGAUCAACCUGGAUGGUAAACUUCACCAGCAUGUGGUUAAGUGCACAGUUUGCAAUGAAGCUACGCCAAUCAAAACCCCCCCAACAGGGAAGAAAUAUGUUAGAUGCCCUUGUAAUUGUCUCCUCAUUUGUAAGGACACAUCUCGGCGAAUAGGAUGUCCGAGACCCAACUGUCGGCGCAUAAUUAACCUUGGCCCUGUAAUGCUCAUCUCUGAAGAGCAACCGGCUCAACCUGCAUUGCCCAUCCAGCCAGAAGGGACAAGGGUAGUGUGUGGCCACUGUGGAAACACGUUCCUGUGGAUGGAACUGCGGUUCAACACUCUGGCAAAAUGCCCACACUGCAAAAAAAUCUCUUCAGUAGGUAGUGCACUUCCCCGGAGACGCUGCUGCGCCUAUGUCACCGCUGGAAUGAUAUGUAUUUUCAUUGGGGUUGGAUUAACUGUUGGCACACCAGAUUUUGCAAGGCGAUUUCACGCAACCUACGUGUCUUGGGCAAUUGCUUAUCUCAUAGGUUUGAUUUGCCUUAUCCGAGCUUGUUAUUGGGGCGCAAUAAGAGUCAGUUAUCCAGAGCACAGUUUUGCUUAAAAGCUACUCAUGAAUCCUUGAUGCAGGUGAGAGUGUCAAGCAGUUCUCCAUAAGCUCUCCCGGACACCUUUAAAUCAUUUAAUCUAAUGGGUUCCAUCCGGGUUUGUAUAAUAGUCUUGUGACUUUGUGAGUCUUUCCUGAGCAGACGCUCAUGGCAGCACAUCAUAUGCCAGUUCAUUUUGCUGCUAGGUUUCCGGACUUGGAAAAAUAAAGCUGUGUCUUUGUUGUCUUAAACCACAAAGGUAUUUUUGCAUUUGUCAUCACACGUUACAUCUAAUAUCAGCCUUUUAUUAUGUGUAAGCCAGUUAUUCCAUUAUUGCUGAUCUGUGACUGUUCCCAAGACGUGUUUAUAAAUGUUUCUACAAUAGGUUCACAUUUAUACUUACAUUUUAAACAGAUCUGCUUGCUUUAAAAAAAAAAAAUCUAAGCAAUAUGCAUUUUUGCUUGAACCGCUUACUGUAAUUUUAACCUAAGAUUAUAGUUACCUUAUUCAGGAAAAAAAUUUGAGUGUACUUUAAAAAACUUGGCAUUCUUGUCAGAGAAACAUUUCUAGAUACUAUAUGCUUGUUUUUUGUUGUUUGUAGAAAGAUACAAUAUUUUGGUAGUAAAUUGAAAUCCUUAGGAUGAAAGUAUUAGUCCACAGUUAGAGAUACUGGAUAAAUGUCUUUUCUCAAAGAUUACAGGACCUUUUGCCUUUCAUUUUUGUCUUUUUAUUUAGCAUUUCCAAAAAUCUGGUUUAGAUUUAUGGAAUUCAAUGUUAAUCUUCUGAAUGUAUUCCUUUAUAGACUGGAGAAAGUAUUUCAGACAACAUGUUUUAUAAUACUUCAUCAUCUCGUCAGAGACAUAGUUACAGCAGGUUGCACUCCUUCUCCUUAGGUCGUGGUAAGCUUUCCUUCUUGAGGCAUUUGCUCACGCACUUCUCUCUGAAGAGAACCGGUGGCAUUUUGCAUUAGCUGAAAUGCUAGAAUUAGAGAUUCUUGUGCCAUUUCUUACCUGGCCAGAUAAUGACUCAACUUAUUCAAGAAAAAUGGAUCAGAGAUAAGAAGCUUCAUCGCUUUCUAAAACUUUGCCUGGGAUUCGCGGAGUCAGCUCUUGCACUGCCUGUUCUUGCAGUUCGGAAGGAACUAUUGACAGUCAGCGGUCUAAGUGCUUUCACACUGUAGAGUUAGCCAAGGAGACAACCUCAGUAAAUUAGUGAUUCCAAGGGACAAGACCAAUGGGUUAAAUUAUUUAUGUUCCUGAUUAAUAUAAAAAUGUGCUUGCCGCGAAGUUUGGAGUGAAAUACAUGUAAACCUCAAAGAGAAAUGAUAAAUGUAUAAACGAAGUAGCUCAGGAUUAUAUGUAUCUUUGAAAAAACACUAAUAAAGAUUAUUAUUCA